UUUUUUUUUGUUUUUUUUUCUUUCUUUCUUUCUUGUAUGUCUUGGAUACGAUCUUGUAAGCGAAUACCUAAUUACAGUGGAUGGUGGGAUCUUGUGUUGAAGAAUGCCAAUGAGUCGACAUUGACAAAAACGCCACUCUCUAUACCCUUUGAGCCAGUACCACAACUUGAAGAAACAAAUAAAGAGACACCUAAACCCACCAUUGUCUAUCUCAAUAAUCAGCCUAUACCACUACCUCAGAAACCAUUGGAACCUGAUAAUUGCUGUAUGAGUGGGUGUGUUCAUUGGUAAAUCAGAGUAAUGAUGAUGAUCAAUGUCUCAUGUUUAGCAAUAGUGUAUGGGAUCUUUAUCAAGAAGACAUGGAAGACUAUGCUGCAAAGAACAAAGAAAUCAAAGAUAGAUUUAUACAGGCAGGACAACCCAUUCCUGCUGAAUUAGACACACAACCUCAAGUACAAGACAUGGAUCCUUCCAUGAAAGCCUUUUUAGAAAUGGAAAAGAAAUUAAAUAAUCU